AUGUCGAAAGUUGGGGAGACCAUUUCCGUCUACGCUUCUCGACUUACUUCCUCUACCCUUCUAGAGGAUCGGCGAGCAGCAUGUCUGGGCCUCCGCAGUUUUGCAAAAGAUUAUCCUGCUUCUGUGGCCUCUGAGGCCCUACGAGGUCUAAUCACAAGCUUGCGCAAAGAUGGGGAAGAUGUUGAUUCCAUCAAAGUGGUCCUUGAGACUCUUCUAUUCCUCUUCAACCCGAACCAAAACAGCGCUGAAGCAUCGGAGGAGCUUGCAUAUUUCAUAGCUGAUGAAUUUACCACACGGCAAGAUAAUAUAACAUUACUAUUGGAUUUUCUGGACACCAAUGAUUUCUAUUCGCGUCUAUAUUCAUUACAACUCCUGUCGUUAAUUUUAUCAUCCCGGGCCGAGAGGACUGAAGAAUGUAUAUUUACGGCUCCUUUGGGUAUAUCAAGAUUAGUGGCGGUAUUAGAUGAUCGGAGGGAGGCAAUAAGAAAUGAAGGACUUUCCCUGUUGACCUAUCUGACGCCAAGUUCUUCGGAAUUGCAAAAACUGGUCGCUUUUGAAAAUGCUUUCGAUCGCAUAUUCAACAUAAUAAAGCUCGAGGGCUCCCUUCAAGAUGGUGAUAGAAUAGUAGAAGAUUGCCUGAUCCUUCUCGCAAAUCUGUUAAGGCUUAAUGUUUCUAAUCAGUCCUUUUUCCGAGAGACAGGUUGCGUUACUAAAUUAUCAAAAUUACUGAACGAUGCAUUGGGUGCCGAAAAUGAAGCUGAGGAGGUGGCUGAAUGGGCUAAAGUUCAACGGAAUAGAAACAUAUAUGCUCUACUUGCAGUUUUACGAUUGUUUUUGAUUACUGGGGGGGUGGGAACUCAAGCAAAUCAGGUGUCUUUUGCGCAGCACGGUAUUCUCAAUCAAGUAUUGCAAUUAGCAUUCAGUCGAUCCACAGAAGGCCAAAUAAAAGCUGAGGCUCUCUCAACCUGUGCAGAUAUGAUUCGUGGCAAUGCCACUCUUCAAGAGAACUUUGCUCAACAACAAGUCACCUCGGUGCUUGAUGAGCCCCUAGCUAAUAGCAAUGGUCAAGCACAACACAAUGCCAUUCCAAAGGUUUACGUCAUUGAUGGCUUACUUGAUUUGACAUUGAGCGUACCUACGUUAUCAGCUUUCGAUUCGCGUGCUGCUGCUUGUGAAUGUAUCAAAGCUUACUUUUACAAUCACCCAGCCAUCCGCAAACACUUCCUCCGCCGAGCAAUAGAUGGGCAUGUUUCUGGGGCCGACGAGACAGCAAAUGUAUUGACAACACUUCUUCAACCUCUAGAUAAUCAUAUAUCGAGCGAUCCAUACCGUUACUGGUUUGCAUCGGUUCUUCUGUUCCACUUGAUAUUCGAAGACGCUGAAGUGAAGAGUAUGGCGAUGGGCGUUGCCGAGGGCGAUGCUGAAAAUGGAGAGGAAGUAAUAACUUGUAUUCAAUCUAUCACUGCCAAUCUAAUACUUGGAGUUCACAAAGCUGUGGAUGAGCGCAUCCUGGUUGCGUAUCUCAUGCUUCUUUGUGGCUGGCUAUUCGAAGAUCCAGAUGCUGUGAAUGACUUCUUAGGCGAAGGUAGCAACAUUCAAAGUCUGAUUCAAGCUGCUCUACAUACAGGCGGCGAUGGCGUGAUGGUUCAAGGACUCUGCGCUGUUCUACUUGGAAUUGUCUAUGAGUUCUCAACCAAAGAUUCCCCAGUACCCCGGGCAACCAUUCAUCCGAUUCUUGGCUCAAAAUUAGGAAGAGACCAAUACAUAGAUCGACUUACAAAACUCAGAGCUCACCCAUUACUGCGAGACUUUGAAGUUCUUCCCCAAAAGCUCAGCUCUGCAGCGCCUGGAAGCUUACCUGAUGUAUUUUUUGACAAAUCAUUCGUGGAUUUCAUGAAAGACAAUUUUAGUCGUUUGCUACGUGCAAUCGACCGAGAUCCUGGGUUUGAAAUUGCAGUCAUCGCGAAUGGUGUUCAAAAGGGAAUUUCUCGAGAGAUGGUAGACACUUUGAGGUCUGAGUUGGACGAGAAGUCCAAGGCUUUGUUAGAGGCGGAAGAAGAGUUGGUGGUUCUGGGAGGACAGUUAGGGCAGGAGCAAGCCGAUCAUCGAAGAACCAAAGAGACCGCAUUAGUGGAACAUUCGAGGAUCAAAAAUGUCAACGAGGCUCUCCAGCGACACCAUGAAGAAGAUUUAAGAAAAUUGCGUAUAGAGCAUGACCGAACGAAUCAGAAUUAUCAACGACAGUUGAACGAGGUCAAAGAGGCAGCAGAAGCUGAUGUUGCCCAUAUUCGAACAGAAAUUGAUCGGAUAAAACAAGAUCAUCAGAAGCAACUAGAACAAGCUCACAAGGGUGCGGAAGCUAACGCCGAGAGUGUACGGGCUGAGCAUGAGCGGGUAGUCCAAGAUUAUCAGAGACAGCUGGAACAUGUUCAAAAGACAGCUGAAGCUAAUUCUGAACGUGUUCGACGACGAGCAGAUGCGGAAAUAGCUGAUCUUCAGAGUAAGAUUGAGCGAUUAGAAUCUGAUCUUACAAAGGCAAACAACAAACACGUUCAUGAUAUGCAAACUGCGCAUGAUACAUACACAGCAAAUAAGGCUGAACAAGAUGUACUCUUGCAGCGCGCAGAAGAGAAAAUUAAGGAAAUGGAGGAGCAAGCCAGCACCGCUCAAGCAGAGGUUGCCAGGGCGAAAGAGAUAAUGGAGGAAAUGAAGGAACAGGCCAGUACCGCUCAAACGAAGCUUGCCAAAGCGGAAGAGAAAAUUAAAGAAUUUAAGGAACAAGCGAGUACCGCUCAAAGCAAGCUUGCUAAAACGGAAGCGGAUCUCCAGGGCAAAGAGACCGCGAGACAGGCUGUGCAAAACAAGGUCGCCAAAGUGGAAGCGGAUCUGCAGGAUAAAGAGACCGCGAGACAGGCCGCUCAAAGCGAACUUGAUGAUCUGCUAAUGGUUUUCGGUGAUAUGGAGGAGAAGGUGACAAAGUACAAGGAACGUUUGAAGGCCCUUGGUGAGAGCGUCUCUGACGAUGAGGACGAUGAUGACGAUGAAGGGGAAGAAGAAGAGUCGGGCGUGGAUUAA